GGACUCAGUGAGAGAGACUCGAACAUUCCAACCCUGAUCGUUGCACAUUUGAAGCAGAAUUCCCAAGGGAUAGAAGAAGUGGACUCAGUGAAAGGGAGAUCACACAGACAACUUAAAGACAAAGAGAAGGAGAGAGAAAGGUUGAAAAGAAAGAGAAAGAAUAAGGGAGCAGGGAAAGAGAGAAAGAAUGGAAAGCAGAAGACUUCCCAUUAACAAAUAGACAGGGGUGCGGAGUUCCAGCGUGUCUCCCAGCAGAUGUGGAAGGCUAAGUUGCUGCGUCAGGAGCAGAGCUAAAAGGCUAACAUCUGAGAAGCAGAGAGGACGACAACAUGCCUCCCUGACCACCGCCAGCGCCAUCCCUAUUUGCAUACAACCUUCAGGAUAUCCCCUUGGUGAAGAUGUAGUCCAACUGGUUGCCUAGGAGAUGUUUCUAAACAGGGCUUCCUCUUGGCGCCGUCCCCGUGCCCUGUUGCUGUGGACUCUGUGGGUUCUACUCCUCCCCUCAACUGUCACCCUGACCACAAGCCCCGGCAACAGCACCCUGCUCUUUGACAGCACCGACAACAGCAACAGCCUGCGGAACUGCAGCUGCUCCACCCACAUCCAGGACUGUGACGAGGCGCUGGCCAACCUGCUGUGCAGCUGCCAUACUGUGCUGCGCUCCAAGCUGACCCCCGGUGGCCUGAGGGAGCAGGGAGGACUGACUGUGUGGCUCAGAGAGCCCUGGGUUCUCACAGAGCUGCUGAACGGCAGCGUGGUGCUCGAUCUCCGCCUGUCGUUCUGUGGCACUGGCACCCUGGCCAUCCACAACCAGUACCUGGCCCUGUUUGGCCUCCGUAGGCUGAGGGUCUAUAGUGCUGCCCAGGACGCUCCACACCUGGAGCAGGUCCUCACCAUCUCCUCUAGGAGUAGGGAUAUGGAGGGGAUGGGGUACCUCUCCUCCACUGACCCCGCCUCCCCCUCCUCCGUUCUCCAUGUAUCCAUCCUGGAUGUGUCAGUGCUAAAUGGGUUGUCGUCCCUGAAGGCCUACAGUGUGAGUGCCACUCCCAUGUCCACCCUCUUCCAAUACUUCCCCCACCUGCCCCUACACCCCUCCACCACCCUGGAUCAGCCCCCAGAGCCCCAACAGGACUGCCUCCUCACCUUCAUAUACUAGACCUGUAGGCUCUGAGCUCAGAGCUAGAUCUGUGCAAACUAGACUGGGCUGGAUGGAUGACACAGGUGCCUACAAGAGCUCCAUCCACCCAGAUGUUACUGAAUGGGCUUGAUGUGCAGAGAGCUGUGCUGCUUUUCAAUGUGUGUCUAUAUGGUGCAUUUCUACAGUGCAGGAAAAAACAAACACUAUUAUCUGUCCUCAAGAGGACUCUGGACAAGAAAACACAACCAUCUCUGAGAAGAAGAUAUUUCAAUAUCAUUGCAAGAGAAAGGGAGAGGUCUGGUUAGGUGAGAGUAAGACAACGAUGGCAUCCGUCUGCUGCUCUACAAACUGACAGAGCUUGUAGACCUGCUGCUGACAGUUAAAUUUUCCAGCUGCUCUUUUCUCUCGGUUAUUGCGUGCAGAUGGCCUAUUAAAACAUGUUGUUUUGAAACCGGUUACGAUGGCUGCCUUAUAAAUGGGCCAGCCUGAUUAGAACCUUGUUGGAUCAUCAGGCGAUGGACUUCACUCUUCGUGACUGUACAGUUCUGAAUCCACCUACUUAAGCUGGACUUGGUUGGGGUUUUAUUCAAGAUGAAGCUAAAAGCGUUUUGGACUGGUUUGAUCUGGAGAUUGGUCCGGCCCAUGCUGGAUUGAUUACAUCACUCUGUUUCUGGUGUUCUAGAAUUCAGGGUUGUCCUGGAACAACCUUGGAGUGGAGUGUUCUCCUCUCUAUGUUCCACAAUGUGUUCUUCGGCUCAUGUUCUAGAACAGGGAUGGGCAAACUUUUUGGCUCGAGGGCCACAUUGGGAUUUUGAAAUUCAACAGAGGGAUGCACAUUAUUUUUUUCACUAAAUAAUAAUUCCCCCAUCAAAAGUUUGUAAAAACAAUACUCAAACCUCCCGUCGGAUUGAACAUAGUUUGCCCACUCCUGUUCUAGAAUGACCAUGUAUAUUUACUGUAGUACCUUGACCAGGGACCUACUAUAGACCAGCCUAGUAAGGGUUAAUAAAUUGUACUCAUGGUGUAAAAAAAAGAAGGAGCAUGCAAAGAGGUGUUAGGAACUCAAAAAGAAGUUCCCCUCUCAGAAAACGAAUGGCACCAAUCUGGUCUUUAUUUCCAUCUCACAUCCUGAGAGAGACGUAAACAUUCAAUUCAUCUAAAACCACUCUCACAAACAAAGACUGCAGCCAACACUUAUGUUCUGUAGAUCAUCCAGAGUCUGAGUGUGUGUGCGUGUGUGCAUAUGAAUGUGUGUGUCUACGCGAUGUGUGCAUGUGAACAGUGCAUUCGGAAAGAAUUCAGACCUUUCACCUUUUCAACAUGUUGUUACAUUACAGCCUUAUUCAAAAUGUAUUAAAUUGUUUUUUCCCUCAUCAAGCUACACACCCAUAAUGAGAAAUGAAAAACUUUUUUUUGUGCAAAUGUAUUUUAAAAUAAAAAACAGAAAUAGCUUAUUUCUUAUAUUUACAUAAGUAUUCAGACCCUAUGCUAUGAAACUCGAAAUUGAGCACAGGUGCAUACUGUUUCCA